AUGGAAAUCCGCAAUAACAUAAUUGGAAAAUUAUUUCAAUCAACAAGUACAGGUAAUAAAUUAAAUCCAAAUUCUAUUGUAUCAAAUUAUUCCAAAGGUCCAAUCACAUUAAAAUUCACAGAGGAUCAUGAAUGGUUAGCAUCUCAUCCGGAUCAUACAGCAUUUGUUGGUAUUACACCAUAUGCUUCAGAUGCAAUUGGUGAUGUUACAUAUGUUGAAUUACCAGAAAUUGGGGAUAAGAUUGAAGAAGGUGAUAUUAUUGGAUCAAUUGAAAGUGUUAAAUCUUCUAAUGAUAUCUAUGCCCCAAUUGGAGGUGAAGUUAUUGCAAUUAAUGAAACUUUGAAUGAUGAUGCACCUUUAGUUAAUCAAGAUCCUUUAGGUGAUGGUUGGAUUGUUCAAAUUAAAAUUGAUGAAAAUGCUGAUUUAUCAGGCUUAAGAAAUGAACAAGAAUAUGAAAGUUUCUUGAAGGAAGAAUAAACCUACGUAUUUUAAUAUAUAUAUAAUUAAUUACAUUUAUUUGUUUGCUUCUUCAAUAGUUUUAGUCUUCAUUUGUAAAGCAUG